CCUGCUCCCAGCUCAGCCCGCGCAAUACAAGCCGCGUGUUUACAGCUGCGUCUGUGAAGAUAAUCAGGUUUCCUACGACAGAAGGCUUCUGACAUCGUAAGGUGUUCGGAUCACAUCACUUCACUAUGAUAAGCCCUGAUCAGGAGGCCCUGAUUGGCAGGGUGUUUGAAACCUAUCUGACAGAUCAUCAUCAUGGGGACAUUCUCCAGCUUAUUGCAGAUACUAAAGAAGAGACCCAUCGCGCUGUGGUUAUUAAUGCCAUGACUUUGUUUGAAGCCAAUAUGGAGGUUGGGGAUUAUUUCAACGCCUAUCCCCAUGAUGUCCUGGCUCUAUUUGAUAAAGUGUUACACAGAACAGCACUGGAGUUAUCACGUUAUGGAGGACAAAGUGCAACAGAGAGAAUUGGACAUACUCUUCAUGCCCGCAUUACAGGUCUGCCAGUGUGCCCAGAGCUGACAAGAGACACCAUUCCCAGGUCCAGAGAUGUAGGACACUUUCUGUCUGUCACUGGUACUGUCAUACGCACCAGUGUUGCCAAGGUUUUGGAAAACGAGCGUGAUUACAUGUGCGCAAAAUGUCGUCACGUUUUCACAGUGCAGGCUGAUUUUGACCAGUUCUACGUCUUUGUCCCACCUUUGGCCUGUCCUAAUCCUGAUGGCUGUAAUUCGUUCAAAUUCAGCUGUCUGUCUGGAGGAUCUGAGCCUGCUGCCUGCAGGGACUUCCAAGAGAUCAAGAUACAAGAGCAGGUGCAGAGGCUGUCAGUGGGCAGUAUUCCUCGCUCUAUGCUGGUGGUUCUGGAGGACGACCUUGUCGACAGUUGUAAAUCUGGAGACGAUGUGACUGUUUACGGGGUGAUGUGCCAGCGCUGGAAGCCCUUUUAUGAUGGUAUUCGUUGUGAUGUGGAGCUGGUCCUCAAAGCUAACAACAUAGAAGUGAACAACCAGCAGACUGCUGCUGCUCUUCUCAUGAAGGAUGUUCAGAAAGAGUUUGAAGACUUCUGGAAUAACUACAAAUAUUAUCCCAUAGCUGGUAGGAACCAGAUCUUGUUGAGCCUGUGCCCACAGGUAUUUGGCAUGUAUGUGAUUAAACUGGCGGUUGCCAUGGUCUUGGCUGGUGGGGUGCAGAGAGUAGAUUCUUCGGGGACCAAGAUCAGGGGGGAGUGUCAUAUGUUGCUUGUUGGCGACCCUGGCACAGGGAAGUCUCAGUUCCUAAAGUAUGCAGCUAAGAUCAUGCCUCGCUCUGUACUCACAGCUGGAAUUGGAUCAACAAGUGCAGGUCUGACCGUAGCAGCAGUGAAAGACGGAGGUGAUUGGCAUCUGGAGGCAGGAGCCCUGGUCCUGUCAGAUGGUGGUUUGUGCUGCAUUGAUGAAUUCAACAGUAUCAAGGAGCACGACCGCAUCAGCAUCCAUGAAGCUAUGGAACAACAGUCUAUUAGUGUGGCCAAAGCCGGUAUGGUGUGUAAGCUGAAUACUAGAACCAGCAUCCUGGCAGCUGCCAACCCCAAAGGCCAAUACGAUCCCAACGAGCCGCUGUCUGUGAAUGUGGCUCUGGCCAGCCCUUUGCUGAGUCGCUUUGACCUGGUUCUAGUUCUGCUGGACACCAGAAAUGCAGAGUGGGACCACACCAUCUCCUCUUUCAUUUUGGAGGACAGAGGGCUGCCUGCUGAGUCUGCCAGCGUGUGGUCCAUGGAGAAAAUGAAGGCUUACUUCAGCGUGAUUAAACGCUUGCAGCCACAACUGUCUGAAGAGGCCAACAUCAUCUUGACCCGUUACUACCAGCUGCAGAGACAGAGUGAUGGCCGCAACGCUGCUCGCACCACCAUCCGCAUGCUGGAGAGUCUUAGCAGACUGGCUGAAGCCCACGCUAGGCUCAUGUACAGAGAGACAGUCACCAUAGAGGAUGCUGUCAUGGCUGUCUCUGUCAUGGAGUGCUCCAUGCAGGGCGGCGCGCUGCUGGGGAAUGUGAAUGCAUUACUCACCUCUUUCCCUGACGACCCUGGUCAGCAGUAUCAGAUUCAGUGUCAGAUAUUGCUCGAAGGGCUGAACCUGCCACUGAUCCUUCAGAAGGAGAUGGACAGACAGGCCAGGCUGAAGAGCAGCACCUCAGAGGCCUCCCACAUUGAACCACCAACUGAUAAUUACCAACAACAACUCAGAGACACAAACUCCAUCAACAAAACACACUUCCAUGACAUCACCAGUUACAAGAGUGAUGUCACACUGGACAGUGGCUUGGACUGGUUCCAUUCCAUCAGUUCAUCACUGUCGCCACAUGGUAUGGCCUCGUCCAUAGUGACAUCAGCUCCAGAAAACUGCAGUUGGUCAGACAUGUCUAAAACAACCAUACUGCCAAGCUCUCCAACUGAGAAGGGCAUUUUAAGUAACACUAGUACAUCAUUAAACCAUGAUGAUGUUUCAAUUCCAUUGGGAAUAAUUACCUCUGCGUCACAAGAAGAAAACAUUAAAGAAAGAAGCUCUAUAAUCCAAAAGCAGAUGAAGCAGUCUGAGGGACAUAACGAUACAAAACAUCUUGAGUCAUUGGGGUGUGUAUUUCAGAAAGUCUCAAAGAAUCUGAAAGACAGAAGAAGGGAGCUGAAGCUGAAUCCUCAGAAGGGAGAGAGGGUGAAGUCUGGAGAUGCAAGUAAAGAUUUGACUGAUGUUUUAGAUUCCCACACUAGCACCUUACGUUCAUCGGCUAAGAAGAGCCCCUCAAAUAACCUAGUUCAGGGUACCCUGUCCCCUGGCAAAGGAAGUAGAUUUGUGACGGAAGACAAGAGGGACCAGACUGGAGAUAAGAACAUCAGAACUGUACUAAAGGAAAAGAUGGCAGUUGAAGCUGAAACGGGUAAAGAGCUGCAUGCAAAGUUGUCAAGCUUUAUAUUCAAACCAAGGAAGAUGAGGUCUUCAGUCCACAACCACAGCCUCAAUGCCAGCUCAGCCAUCAGUGCAGGGUUCCAAACUCAGUGUAACCCAGGCAGCAGAGAUCAUCACACCUACACAGAAAGCAGAAUGAGUGUACUAAAGCCAGUUAGUCAUGAUGACUCAGCCAACCCACUUACAGACACAGAGAGUAAGAAAAGACAGAACCAGUACCUAAAUCUUUUGGAAGGCGGAAACAGGAGAAAGCAGGUGAGCUGUGUCAGUGAGUUGGGAGAGACGAGAUCUGAAGCCACGUCUCAAGGAAAGACGGUGUGUGAAGAACAAAGACCCAGAGUCAACAACAGUGACGAGACUAAAGUGAAACCAAACACUUUCGUCAAUAUUCCAGCAUCUUCCAUAUCAGGCUGCACCAAGUCCACUAUCACCUCUUCUACCCUGGCUAAACUCUCAACAUUCUCAUUUGCCUGCACAGCUGAAACCAAAGUGGAAACAAAUCCUGGUACUGGAGUGAGAAAAACGCCAUUUCAAAGUGAUGGUGCUGAACACUCAAGAGCUAAUUCUAAAGACGCUCAACAGCAAACUUUAAAGAGCAAAGAAAAGGAUACAGAACUCACACCAGGACAGGGACAUGGACAAGGGACAGAGUCACCAACUAAAACAAUGUCUAAAAACCAAAGUAAGAGUGUAAACAUGGUGAAUAUUGCUCCUGUUGACUAUCAUAGUAGUGGCAAUCUGAAGAAGAGGAAGUGUUUUGAGCUGGGCCCUCCACCAAGUAGUGUUGGUGCUCCCAAGGGUCCGUUCUCAGGACUGUCUCUGUUUGACUCUGCUGAGUUAAGUCCUGAUGUUCUUGACAUUGACUGGGACCAAGAAGUUUCAAAGAAAGCCAAAAUGUGAAACCAUGGGCUAAUGUCACAAUGUUUUUGUGGACAACAAUGCAAUCAUGUUUUGCUGUGUGGCACAUCAAUUUAAUUAUUUGCCCGAUGUGUGAUUUAGUUACCUUCUGUAGUCUGAAAAUAAACCUGUUA